AUGCAAAUAUUAUUGAAUCAAAAAGGGUUCUGCCCGUUGAUAUUAUUCAUGAUUUAUUGUGUGAAAGGUAAGAUUUCCCACUAUUUACAGCACUCCAAAAUUCCUGAAAUUUUCAGGUGUGAAGUGUUGUGAUAACUUAGUUAUGAAUGAGAUCACCACCUUUUGCACAAUUUUUUAUGCAAUUCUAUUCACGGUUGGAAUUGUGAAUUGCGCAAAGCCCCGAGAAAACUCGAAUAAGGAUGUGCCCAUUGCUCAAAAACCAGUCGCCAAAUCAGCUGUCAAACCUACUCCAGUUCAAUCUUCUUCCCAACCAGCAACUCCUGUCGCCAAAAAAGUGUCACCACCAAAGGCAAAAACACCGCCAGCACCGAUGUGUCGUGAAGAAUUCGAUGCGCAAGCACCGGAAGAACCUGUGGAGGAAGAAAAACAAGAAAUUCGGCCUCUUGAGAUACAAAAAUCGGAUGAUGAUAACACCAUAAUUGUUAAACCGAAUACUGAUAUCGCACAAGCGAAUGAUAAAGACAAUAAACCACCACCAACUCCAGCCAAGACCGAAAAAUAUGAUGCUGCUUGGAGGAAGCGACACAAGAAAUAUUUAGAUGAUGACAAAGCGGCACCAAAGAAACUGGACGCUUGGACGAAAAUGGCGCGUCUAAUUCCAAAGAUAUAUAUUCCGCGAAACGUUCAAGGAUAUGUGAGUUUUGAUAACUUGUGGCGAAAAAAAAAACAAUAUUAUUUCAGCUCCACCAAGAUUCAGCGCCACGCGCAGACAUUGUCGUGGUGUCCAAGGUGUACUUUGACAGGAAUAAGAAUACAUUAACAUUGGUUGGUGACGACAUUGAUGACGUCUCAUUGGAACCAAGCACAAAAUCUGGGGACGAUUUGGAAGACACUGUUGCGAGUUCGAGAGCCUCGAAUUUAUCAUCCAACAAUAGUACGAAUAAAACGGCUAUCAGAAAUACCAAGGCAUUGACGUGUAAAUUAGCAACUUCGAAAGAAUUGGUAAAGAACGGUGGAAAAACCAAGGAUUUAUCGAAGAUUGAUGGAAAGAAGAAGGAUGGGGUGUCGAAAAAGGAGAAAUCAGAAAAGAAGAAGGAUGAAAGUGCUAAACAUGAAGUUGAAGAUCUGCCAAAUAAUUCUGAAGAGAAGGAAGGCGGUUGA